UGUCCUAACUAUCGAGAAAACGGUUGGAAAAUGUGGCGUUAUCUAUUCGUUCUUCUAGCGCUGCAAUCCGCGUUUGCAGCCCCAAUUUCGCACUGUGAGCAAUUGAGACUUGACAUACUGCAACUAACAGAUGAUGUGGCAAAAGAAGUGCUUUCCAAGUUUGUCAAGCUUCUGCAGCUGGUUGUCGAUGAUGCUGCCCAAAUGGAAGUUAAUGAGACUGAGCGAAACCAGUUGGAGAAGAUGGUCAAAUUCAUAGCCAUUGAAAAUAGAAUGGAAAACUUGCGUGUGCUGGAAAUAAUGGAAGAAAUCGAGAUGAUUUUUGAUAUGGAGGACGAGUCGGAUGAAUCGGGUGGUCUUAUUGAUGAAUUAUUGGAUAAACAUGGAAUCGAUGCCUUGGAACGACAGCUGGAUGAUAUAUUUCAGAUAUUUGUGAUGCAGUUGGAAAAUCAUAUUGAGAUCUAUUUCAUUAGAAAUGAGAAGAAUCUAUCUACGAGUCCUUUGGAUAUUUUGCUGAGCAGAUUUAUGAAUGAAAAGGAUAUCGAAGCGAGGGCUCAGAUCAUUGUGGAGAUCUGGGUUAAUUUAGAUUGUUAG